AUGUUAUCCAGCGCCAAGUUACAAUGUUCUCGUGGUAGUAGCACUGCCACUCUUAUUAGUAGAAGAUUAUUCUCUAAUACCACCGCUGUUUUAAAUGAACAAAAGAAAAAAUUAAACAAGUAUUCCUAUUUAGUCACCGAACCAAUUGAUCAAGGUGCUUCUCAAGCCAUGUUGUAUGCCACUGGUUUCAAGAAGGCAGAUUUCAAAAAACCUCAAAUCGGAGUUGGUUCUUGUUGGUGGUCUGGUAACCCAUGUAACAUGCACUUGCUAGACUUAAAUUUUAGAAUUACCAAAUCCAUUAACGAGGCUGGCUUGAAAGGGAUGCAAUUUAACACUAUCGGUGUCUCCGAUGGUAUUUCUAUGGGUACAAAAGGUAUGAGAUAUUCCUUACAGAGUAGAGAAAUUAUUGCUGAUUCUUUUGAAACUAUUAUGAUGGCUCAACACUACGAUGGUAAUGUUGCCAUUCCAGCUUGUGACAAAAACAUGCCAGGUGUAAUGAUGUCUAUGGCAAGACACAAUAGACCUUCUAUCAUGGUUUACGGUGGUACUAUCAUGCCAGGCCAUCCAACCUGUGGUUCCAAAAAAAUCACCCCUAAGAUUGACGUUGUUUCUGCUUUCCAAAGUUAUGGCCAAUUGAUUUCUCAUGAAAUCAAUGAAAAGGAAAGAGAUGAUAUUGUUGAGCAUUGUUGUCCAGGUCCGGGCUCUUGUGGUGGUAUGUACACCGCCAACACAAUGGCUUCUGCUGCUGAAGUCUUAGGUUUGACUUUACCAAAUUCUUCUUCGAAUCCAGCUGUCUCAGCAGAAAAAUUGGAUGAAUGUAACAAAAUCGGUGCUGCUAUGGAUAAAUUGUUAAAAUUAGAUAUCAAGCCACGUGAUGUUUUAACCAAACAAGCCUUUGAAAACGCCAUCACGUAUAUUAUUGCUACUGGUGGUUCCACUAAUGCAGUUUUACAUUUGCUAGCUAUGGCCCACAGCGCUGACGUUGAUUUGACUCCAGAUGAUUUCCAAAAAAUCAGCGACAAGACCCCAUUUUUGGCCGAUUUCAAACCAUCUGGUAAGUAUGUUAUGGCUGACUUACAAAAAGUUGGUGGCACACAGGCUGUUAUCAAAUUCUUGUAUGACGCAGGUUUCUUGCAUGGUGACACUUUGACUGUUACCGGUGAAACAUUGAAGGAAAGAGCUGAAAAAUCUAAACCAUUAUCCAAGGGUCAAGAUAUCAUCAGACCAAUUUCUCAACCAAUCAAGCCAAGCGGUCAUUUACAAAUUUUAUAUGGUUCUUUGGCUCCAGGUGGUGCUGUUGGUAAAAUUACUGGUAAAGAAGGUACUUAUUUUAGGGGGAAAGCUCGUGUUUUUGAUGAAGAAGCUGGUUUUAUUCAUGCUUUGGAAAAGGGCGAAAUUAAGAAGGGUGAAAAAACCGUUGUUGUUAUUAGAUAUGAAGGUCCAAAGGGUGGUCCAGGUAUGCCAGAAAUGUUGAAGCCAUCUUCUGCUCUAAUGGGUUAUGGUUUAGGUAAGGAUUGUGCUUUAUUGACCGAUGGUAGAUUCUCUGGGGGAUCUCAUGGGUUUUUGAUUGGUCACAUUGUUCCAGAAGCCGCUGAGGGUGGUCCAAUUGGUUUAGUCAAGGAUGGUGAUGAAAUCAUUAUUGAUGCUGAAAACAACAAAAUUGAUUUGUUGGUUGAUGAAAAAGAGAUGGUUGAACGUAAGAAGCAUUGGACCCCACCGGCUCCACGUUAUACCAGAGGUACUUUGUCUAAAUAUGGUAAAUUAGUUUCUGAUGCCUCUCAUGGUUGUGUUUUGGAUUUGUGA